AUGCUGAGCCUGCAGGAUUCGGUUUUCUUUGAGAUCAGCAUCAAAUCUCUCCUCAAGUCGUGGAGCAGCAGCUCUUCUGCACCAGUCAGCAGCAGCGUGAUUAGACGCCGUGCCCCCGUCUCAGUGGCUCCCCUCUCGUGGGAGAAACGCAACACCGCCGCCAUGUCGAGCAUCACCAUCGACCCCGAGCUCAAGCCGGGGGAGUUUGUCAUCAAGAGUCUGUUUGCGGAGUUCGCUGUGCUGGCUGAGAAGAAGAUCGAGAUGGUGAUGGCCGAGCCGCUGGAGAAACCUCUGUCCCGUUCCCUGCAGAGAGGGGAAGAUGCACAAUUUGACCAGUUAAUAAGCUCCAUGAGCUCAAUAGCAGAACACUGUUUGCCCUCCCUACUGCGCACACUGUUUGACUGGUACCGGCGGCAGAGUGGCACUGAGGACGAGUCCUACGAGUACAGGCCUCGCUCCAGUACAAAGUCUAAAGGGGACGAACAGCACCGGGACAAAGAUUACCUUCUGGAGCGGCGGGACUUAGCCAUAGACUUUAUUUUUUGUUUAGUUUCAGUGGAAGUUCUGAAACAGAUUCCUCUUCACCCAGUGCCAGAUGUGUUGGUACACGAAGUUCUAAACCUGGCAUUCAAGCACUUUAAACACAAAGAAGGGUACUGUGGCCCCAACACUGGCAACGUGCACAUCAUCGCAGACCUGUAUGCUGAGGUCAUAGGAGUUCUUACUCAGUCAAAGUUUCAGGCAGUGAGGAAGAAGUUCAUCACAGAGCUUAAAGAACUCAGGCAAAAAGAGCAGAGUCCUUACGUAGUCCAAAGCAUCAUCAGUCUCAUCAUGGGCAUGAAGUUCUUCCGGGUCAAAAUGUAUCCUGUGGAGGAUUUUGAAGCAUCCUUUCAGUUCAUGCAGGAGUGUGCCCAGUAUUUCCUAGAAGUCAAGGAUAAGGACAUAAAACACGCUCUCGCUGGCCUUUUCGUUGAGAUCCUCAUUCCUGUCGCAGCCGCGGUGAAAAAUGAAGUCAACGUGCCGUGCCUAAAAACAUUUGUGGAGAUGCUGUACCAGACGACGUUCGACCUUAGUUCCAGAAAGAAGCACUCUUUGGCCCUCUAUCCCCUGGUGACGUGUUUGCUGUGCGUCAGUCAGAAGCAGUUCUUUCUGAACAACUGGCACAUCUUCUUACAGAACUGCCUCUCGCACCUAAAGAAUAAAGACCCCAAAAUGUCCCGUGUUGCCUUGGAGUCGCUCUACAGGCUGCUGUGGGUCUACAUAAUUAGGAUAAAGUGUGAGAGUAACACCGUCACGCAGAGUCGACUGCUCAGCAUUGUGUCAGCACUUUUCCCCAAAGGCUCGCGGAGUGUGGUGCCAAGAGACACACCCCUCAACAUCUUUGUCAAGAUCAUCCAGUUCAUAGCCCAGGAAAGACUGGAUUUCGCCAUGAAGGAGAUCAUCUAUGACCUUCUGUGCGUGGGAAAAUCUCACAAAACCUUCACCAUCAACCCAGAGGCAAGACAGCAGAUACAAUUUAAGUCAAGGAUGAAUAUAGGUUUGCGGGCCUUUUUGGUGAUCGCCGACAGCCUACAGCAGAAAGAUGGAGAGCCACCAAUGCCUACCACAGGCAUCAUCAUGCCGUCUGGGAACACUCUCCGUGUAAAAAAGAUCUUCCUCAACACCACCCUCACCGACGAAGAGGCAAAAGUCAUCGGCAUGUCACUGUACUACCCCCAAGUGAGAAAGGCCUUGGAUAACAUCUUGCGCCACCUAGACAAGGAAGUGGGCCGGUCCAUGAGCAUGACCAACGUACAGAUGUCCAACAAGGAGCCUGAGGACAUGAUCACGGGAGAGAGGAAGCCAAAGAUCGAUCUGUUCCGAACAUGCGUGGCCGCCAUCCCAAGACUGAUACCAGAUGGAAUGAGCAGACAAGACCUAAUAGAGCUUCUAGCCAAAUUGACCAUCCACAUGGAUGAGGAGCUGCGUGGCCUUGCCUUUACAACUCUUCAGGCACUGAUGGUGGAUUUCCCAGAGUGGCGCGAGGACGUCCUCUCGGGCUUCGUGUACUUCAUAGUCAGAGAGGUAACCGACGUCCACCCCACACUGCUGGACAACGCCGUGAAGAUGCUCCUGCAGCUCAUCAGCCAAUGGAGGCAGGCGGUGCAGAGCAGCAAUAAGAGCCAAGAGGCACAGGGCUCGGGCAGCGGCCGUUCUCUGUCCCUGGAGCGUACUCUCCCACUGGGGGUGCUCCAUGUGGUGGAGGGCUUGGCACUGGUUGUGCUCUGCAGCUGCCGCCCUGCCACGCGCAGGCUGGCUGUGAACGUCCUCAAGGAAGUCCGUGCAUUGCAUACUGCUUUGGGAAUUGGAAAGGGGGAUGAAGAACUGGCAAUUGAUGUAAUGGAUAGAUUAAGCGCAUCGGUGUUGGAGAGCUUUAUUCAUCUCACUGGAGCUGACCCGACCAACCUGCUGUACUGUCCCAGUGGGAUUGAUCUUCAGACUCUAGCAGAGUGGAGUUCAUCUCCCAUCAGCCACCAGUUUGAUGUGGUGAGCCCCUCACACAUCUGGGUGUUUGCCCAUGUUACUCAGGGUCAGGACCCCUGGGUCAUCAGCUUCUCCAGCUUCCUGCGGUUGGAGAACCUUCCCAAACAUUGCCCCACUACCCUCAACUAUGCCUGGAUGUUUGCCUACACCCGCCUGCAGCUGCUGUCUCCACAAGUCGACAUAAAUAGUCCCAUCAACACAAAAAAAGUGAACAGUCUCAACAGCAGCGACUCCUACGUCGGCCUUUGGAGAAACUACUUGAUUCUCUGCUGCAGCUCCGCCUCUUCAUCGCCCUCCAUGUGUUCCUCAUCCUCCACCUCCGGCUCCGUCCGCUGCUCCCCGCCUGAGACGCUGGCGUCCACGCCGGACAGCGGCUACAGUUAUGAUUCAAAGAUCGUUGGAACUCCGUCCCCCUCCUCCCUGUUCAAACACAUUGUACCAAUGAUGCGCUCCGAAAGUAUGGACAUCACAGAGUCUCUUGUAUUGGGGCUUGGCAGGACCAACCCCGUGGCCUUCAGAGAGUUGAUCGAAGAGCUAAACCCAAUUAUAAAAGAAGCUCUUGAAAGAAGGCCUGAAAACAUGAAGCGACGCAGGCGUCGGGACAUCCUCAGGGUCCAGCUGGUCCGGAUAUUCGAGCUUCUCGCUGAUGCUGGGGUCAUCAGCCAGAUUGCCAGUGGUGGGUUAGAUGGCGAGAGCCAUUCUUUGAACAGUACACUUCUCGAAUACGUUGACCUGACCAGGCAGCUGCUUGAGGCGGAAAACGACAAAGACUCCGACACACUGAAAGACAUCCGCUGUCAUUUCAGUGCGCUUGUGGCUAAUAUCAUUCAGAACGUUCCAGUUCAUCAGAGGAGGAGCAUCUUCCCCCAGCAGUCACUAAGACACAGUCUCUUCAUGCUAUUUAGUCACUGGGCCGGGCCUUUCAGCAUCAUGUUCACGCCUCUGGAUCGCUAUAGUGACCGAAAUAUGCAGAUCAACCGCCAUCAGUACUGUGCGCUAAAGGCCAUGUCUGCUGUGUUAUGUUGUGGGCCUGUAGCGGACAAUGUUGGCCUUUCCUCUGACGGCUACCUCUAUAAGUGGCUGGAUAACAUCCUGGAUUCGCAGGACAAAAAGGUUCACCAGCUGGGUUGUGAGGCUGUAAUGCUGCUGCUGGAGCUGAAUCCAGAGCAGAAUAACCUCAUGUUUUGGGCUGUGGACCGCUGCUACACAGGAUCCCGCCGCGUGGCUGCCGGCUGCUUCAGGGCCAUCGCCAACGUCUUUCACAACAGGGAUUAUCAGUUUGACACUGUGGUGCUGCUGAACCUGAUUCUGUUCAAAGCAGCCGAUUCUUCUCGGGACAUCUAUGAGGCGGCCAUGCAGCUGUUACAGAUCCUAGAGCCAAAGCUCUUCCGUUAUGCCCACAAACUGGAGAUCCAGCGAACAGAUGGUAUCUUGACUCCCCCCUCGCCGCUGCCACAUCUGUACUCCGUGUCUUACUACCAGUUGUCCGAGGAGCUAGCAAGGACUUAUCCAGAGCUCACGCUGCCCAUCUUCUCAGAGGUGAGCCAGCGUAUCCAGACAGCACAUCCUGGUGGUCGUCAGGUAAUGCUGCACUACCUCCUACCUUGGAUGAACAACGUGGAGCUGGUCGACUUCAAGCCAAGCGUGCGGCGGCCAGAGGAUGGCGGCAGCGGCGAAGAGGAGGAGGACGUCCAUGACCGGGAGAUUAUGAUGGUCAACAGUCGCCGCUGGCUCCGUGGAGAGGGCUGGGGAUCCCUGCGGGCAACAUCCAUGGUGCUUAACAACCUCAUGUUUAUGACCGCGAAGUACGGGGACGAGUUUGCUUGGUCAGAAAUCGAGAAUGUAUGGACGACAUUAGCAGACAGUUGGCCAAAGAACCUCAGAAUUAUUCUGCACUUUCUCAUCAGUAUGUCGGGGGUCAACAGUGACCCCAGCCUCUUGCCCUACGUGAAACGAGUAGUGGUUUACCUGGGCAGAGAUAAGACUAUGCAGCUGCUGGAGGAGUUGAUGUGCGAGCUUGAGUUGACCGAUCCGGUCAGCUCCGCAGUCACCCACAUGGACAACCCCCCUUAUUACCGCAUCACCUCCAGUUACAAGAUCCCCUCAGUCACCUCAGGAACAACAUCCAGCAGCAAUACCAUGGUGCCAGGAAACGAAGGUCAUCACGACGGCAAGAUCAAAGACUCUAACAUGGAAGACAGUUACACCCACUUGGAUAUCUACAGUGGUUUGAACAGCAACCUGAACCGCCAGCACCACCGUCUGGAGUCCCGCUACAGCAGCAGCUCCGGAGGCUCCUAUGAAGACGAGAAGUGUGACUCUAUGCCACUCUAUGCCAACUGGCGUUUGAAAGUGAUGGAUCACAACCAGCCGGAGCCUCUCCCCCUGCCUCCAUCAGGUGGCUGCUGGUCUCCUCUAGUGGACUAUUUACCAGAGACAAACACACCUGCUGUGCCCCUCCACAGAUGCAACAUUGCGGUCAUUUUACUAACUGACCUUAUUGUGGACCACGGGGUCAAAGUAGAGUGGAGUGCCUACCUGCACCUCUUGCUGCAUGCUGUGUUUAUAGGUUUUGAUCACCAGCACCCAGAGGUGUACGAGCACUGCAAACGCCUGCUGCUUCAUCUGCUGAUUGUCCAGGGUGCAAAUAGCAACGUCCAGUCUGUCGCAAUGGUGCUUUUACGCAACCGAGACUACAAUGAUCCAAGGGUUCUGACUGUGAAGCCAGCAGCUCCGGAGUUCAACCUCACAGGAACGCAGGAGAUUUUUCCAGAUCUUCAGCCGUCGCCGAUGACGGACUCCGGCCUCAGCUCGAGCUCCACAUCCUCCAGCAUAAGUCUCGGAGCCGGGGGCACCGCUCUGUCCCACCUCUCCCCCACACUCCUCAGCGAGGUAGAUGCCACAGCCGAGCAGGAUGAGAAGGCCAAAGCUCUCAUAGAGUUUAUUACAUCAAGAAAACGAGGCCCACUUUGGAAUCACGAGGACGUGUCGCCCAAGAAUCCGAACAUUAAGAGCGCUGACCAGCUGAGCGUUUUCGUGAGACACGUGAUGACUGUCUUCAAACAUUCCCCGACAGGUUUCGAGCUGGAGUCUUUGCUGAGUGAGGUGGCUUUAAGAACCGCCCUGUCCUGCUCUUCCCGCCACUAUGCCGGUCGCUCAUUCCAGAUUUUCAGGGCACUUAAACAAUCUCUGACUCCGGGAACACUGUCCGACAUCCUGUCUCGGCUCGUGGAAACAGUAGGAGACGCAGGGGAGGAGGCUCAGGGCUUUGUGAUCGAGCUGCUGCUGACAUUAGAGUCGGGUAUCGAUACAUUAGCAGACACUGUCAAAAAUUACGACCUCCUCACCGCCUUAGCACAAAGCUCAACUCGUGACCACCUGCUUGGGGUGAAGCUUGCGGCCAACAGGAAGAGCACUGGCCAGCUCAAUCUCCACAACAGUAGCUUGUUUCAUUACGUUCACACCCGCAGCAACUCUCUUCGGGCCAGCCAGAUUGGCGAGCGGAAAGCCGACAGACGGAGGAGUAACACCCUGGACAUUUCAGACCGAUUAGGGGGUAGCCACGGGAACCUGGCCCGCACGCGGAGCUUAUCAGCACUAGGUGGGGGAGGGAAUCCAGGAGGGGGCCCCAUCCCACCCGUGGAUCCGUCAAAUCUGAUGGCCACCGUCUUCUGGAUCGCCGCCUCUCUGCUCGAAUCCGACUACGAGUUCGAGUACCUACUGGCCCUGCGGCUGCUCAACAAACUGCUGGGCCAGCUGCCUCUGGACCGAGCAGACAGCCGGGAACGUCUGGAGAACGUGCAGGCCAAGCUGAAGUGGUACAACUUCCCUGGUCUGCUGCAGCUGUUCCUCAAGGGCUUCACCUCUGCUUCCACACAGGAGCUCACCAUCCACCUGCUCAGCAAGCUCAUCAGCGUGUCCAGACACACACUGGUAGAUCCUUCACAAGUGGCAGGGUUUCCCUUGAAUAUCCUGUGCCUCCUGCCACACCUCAUUCAGCACUUUGACAGCCCCACGCCUUUCUGCAAGGAGACGGCCGAUAGGAUCGCGAAGGUGUGCGCCGACGAGAAGUCGGCUACGCUCUCCAACCUGGCCCACAUGAUGAGCCUGUACAGCACGCACAGCUACUCCCGCGACUGCAACAACUGGAUCAACGUGGUCUGCCGUUACCUCCACGAUGCCUUCGCCGACCGAACCUUGAACCUGGUCACUUACCUGGCCGAGCUGCUGGAGAAGGGCCUCCCUGGUAUGCAGCAGUACCUACUGCAGAUCAUAUACAGCUUGCUGAGUCAUAUUGACCUCUCAGCAGCUCCCGUUAAACAGUUCAACCUCGAGAUCAUGAAGAUCAUUGGUAAAUAUGUCCAGAGCCCACACUGGAAGGAGGCUCAAAACAUAUUGAAGCUGGUGGUGUCUCGUUCGGCCAGCCUUGUCGUUCCAGACGAUGUCCAGCGCUCUUACAGCACAGAAUCUUGCGGCUCUCCAGAAAUCGCUUUCACGCGCAUUUUCAACAACUCUUCCAAGGAGCUGCCCGGAAAAACUCUGGACUUCCAUUUUGACAUCUCAGAGACGCCGAUUAUAGGGCAUAAAUACGGGGACCAGCGGACUGUAGCAGGUCGAAAUGGAAAGCCGCAGGUGAUUGCCGUAACACGGAGUACAUCCUCUACAUCCUCUGGCUCUAACUCCAACGGGCUGGUGCAAGUAAGCUGGAAGAGGCCUCAACUCUCUCAGAGGAGGACCAGAGAGAGGCUGAUGAACGUCCUGUCUUUAUGCGGCCCAGAGUCUGGCAUUCCCAAAAACCCAUCUGUGGUGUUCUCAUCCAAUGAGGAUCUGGACUCCUCAGACCAGCAGACCAGUCUUAUUCCCACAGUGGAGGAGGUGGUCAGAGAGGAGGAGGUUCCUGGCGAGGAUACGGGCAGUGAACAGCAGUUUGGUGUCUUUAAGGACUUUGACUUCUUAGAUGUUGAGUUGGAGGAUGCCGAGGGGGAGAGCAUGGAUAACUUCAACUGGGGGGUGCGGCGUCGGUCCCUGGAGAGCAUGGACAAAGGGGACACGCCGUCUCUGCAGGAGUGCCAGUACACGGGCAGCACGCCGAGCCUCAACCUCACCAACCACGAGGACACUGACGAAUCAUCUGAGGAGGAGGUACUGAGUGCUAGCCAGAUUCUCACCCGCUCUGGCCUUUUGAACAGUGACUCGGCCACAGACGACACUGCGUCCAACCAUGUGGACUCUCUGCAGCAGUCUCAAGAGUCCUCCAGCAGUGCCAUGACCGAGGAGGCAACCGUCCUUCCCUCUCUGCCCUCUGUGCCCUCUCUCCCCCGACUGGAUAGCCCCAGUUUGGAGAUGGCCCACUCAGACAGCACCAGCAGCCAGCUGCCUGAGGAUGCUGUCAGCAUGACGGCAGCAGACGAGCUGAGUAGCAGUGUGAGUGAGGACACGGGGUUUUGCAGCGCCCCCCCUCUGCCCUCUGACCCACCCGAGCUGAGCGAGCUCCCAGACACUCAGGACAUCCAGGACCCCCAGGAGACCCCGGACCCUCCCGAAGACCUGGAUCCGGCCCCCCCUCCCCCGCCGGCCAUCGACACGCCACCGGGGUCCCUCUGUGAGGAAGAGGCCCAGACCAUGCUGCCUCUGUAUCUGCCCGUGCCGCCAGAGAAAAAGCCCGAUCCGGAUCCCGAUCCAGACGGCAGCAGUGACUGCGUGUGGGAGGAGGAUGUGACGCAGGCCCUGAGGGAGCUCGACGAGCGCUGUGAGGAGGAGGAGGCCGACUUCUCCGGCAUGUCCAGUCAAGAUGAGGGUGACGCAGACGGCUUCCCAGAGAUCCAGGCCUCUCCACCUCCGUCGCCCUUCCUCUCUGCCAUCCUGGCAGCAUUCCAGCCCGUCGCCUACGACAAUGAGGAAGAUGCCUGGCGUUGUCAUGUCAACCAGAUGUUGUCAGACACAGAUGGGUCCUCGGCUGUUUACACGUUCCACGUGUUUUCCAGACUAUUUGAGAGUAUACAGAGGAAAUUUGGCUCCAUUACACAUUCAUCUGUUCGCUUUCUUGGAGAAAGGCUCCAGCGAAUGGGAAAUCAGUUCCUCAGCUCCCUGGAAGUCAUGACGUCUCACUCGCAGUGCCCCACUGUAUUGCUGGAUGCAGAGACGCUGGUCUCCUGUGGACUUCUGGAAACUCUGAAGUUUAGUGUGCUGGAGCUGCAGGAGCAUCUGGACACUUACAACGCCAAGAGAGAAGCAGCAGAGCUUUGGCUGGAGAACUGCAGAAAAACUUUUGGGGAUAAAGACAGCAGCCAGCACCUCAACACACACGCACAGGAUACCCAUCUGUCUAAUCGUGUGAUCAUCAGAGUAGUUGCACAGUGCCAGCCCGACCUCAGUGCCGCCGUGUCACGGUUUGUUUGUCUGUGUGCUCUGCAGGAGCUGGAGUUGUGUCGGAGGCUUUACAAGUUGCACUUUCAGCUGCUGCUGCUGUUCCAGGCCUACUGUAAGCUCAUCAGCAGGGUGGACACCAUCAAGAGGGAGGCCGAGGUGACCAACAUGUCUGAGGAGCUCACAAUCCUGGAGAGUUGCCUGGUUGAGGCAGAAGCAGGAAAUGAUGCUCAAGAGGACGUGUGCAUGUCAGACAAUGCCCAGACCAACACAGAGACGGCCAUCCAGUCUCUGAUUGAAACUCUUCGAGGCAGAGACUUCGGCUCUGCCCUCACACAGGUCAAAAUCUUCAGAUCUCUGUGGCCUAAUGACAUCUUCGGCAGCGAGGCCGACAACGCAGUUCAGACCCUCCUGCACAUCUACUUUCGCCACCAGACGCUGGGCCAGACGGGCUGCUUGGCAGUGGUGGGCCCCAGCAGGGACCUGUCUCAGGCCAGCUCCCGCCUCAUGGAGCUCAACCUGCAGAUCCGGGAGGCUCUGAGUCAGGCCCAGGCCUGCCAGCCUCACACCACCGUGGUCAGCACCGGACUCUGAGCUGCCAGCGCUGCAGACUCACAUGAAACCGGACAGAAACAUCUCCCUGCUCUACACACACCUCACAUCAGCUGUAGAGGGAGGGAAGACAAUAGACUUCACCUACAAAGGGCUAAAGGAUGUGUGGGAAUAACUGUGACUCUUAAUAUAUUAUUAAAAUGCGUUGCUUAAAGCUAUUAGCUUUCCCCAGACUCAGCCAACUUGCAAAAUUCUGUUGCAAUAAGCCGUGUGGUGGCGUGUCCCGGGAAGAGUGAGAAGACGCAGUUGGAUGAUUAUUUUUUUUUUUUUUUUUUUUUUUUUUUUUUUUUUGCCUGACACGAAGGACCCGUCGGGUCGGAGUCGAGGCUGGAAGCCGCAGCAUGUAAAAGGAAAGCGUUACAUGUGUGAGGAACCGCCGUCAAGCAAACUCAGAAAAGUUUUGUUUUUAAAAAAGAAAAAGUUUUCAACUGCAUGCUUGAGAGAGAAAAGCACUGCAAGAAUAUUUUUUUGGAGAAAUGUAUUUUUUAUUAGAGCUAACAUACUAGGUUGUAAAUGUUAGGAUAUUUAACAUGUAAUUGUAUACCCUGCAGGAGACGUUUACCUUCAGGGAGUGUAAAAAGAGAAAUAUAUCUGUUUAUUGAUCUGCUCUGAGAGGGGAGUCUCCUUCAACAGAUCUUUACGCAAAACUCACUCUUUAACCAAAUAAGUAGAUGCCUUUAGAGACUCUUGACUGUGUGAUUAUAUAUAUUGGAACUUCUGGUAUAUGCUUUCACACAAAUGCAUAUAAUUGCACACAAGUGCAGACUGGCUACAGCUCAUUAUGGAAACAUAACUUAUUUUACUCUGUAUAUAUUUUAGAAAGUGUAUAGUGUAAAACCAGUAUUUUCUUUCCCCCCCUGAUACUUUUGUCUAAUGCACUGUUCCUCCAAAAGAGGAUGUAUGUAUAAAGCUAAUGUGAUGAGAGAAAGCGAAGACCAGGUUUGAUUCAUUUGAUCCGCUCCACUUUGUGUCAUCCUGUGAGCUUCAACAUUUCCGCCGAGGUUGCCUCGGCUGUGGUUUUUCCGAAUGAUUUUAGAGUGGGUUAGUGUUGGCUACCUGCAAUUGCAUGGGAGAUCAAAAUGUAGCCAGCUCCCUUGACCAUUUCAGUUAAGCCAAGACAUGUUCCCAAUGCAUUCCUUUCAUCCACUCUUCAAGAGGAAUCAACUCAUUGAAGCUUUGAACUAUGACAGGCCCUACAUUGCUGUGACUGCAAGACAUGGACUUAUGAAUGCUUUCCAAAAUAAAGCACGUCAUGGCACACUGUACUCAUUCCUCAGCUUUCACUCUGCGUGUCCGAUAUGUUACAAUGCUGUUAAUUUAAGGAUUUACUUGGGAGGUAUUUUGUUGUAGAGCUGCAUUGUACACUUUUCCUUCACAUACCAGCCUUCUCUGGAAGAAAUAAAGACUUAAUCCUACA